AUGAAGACUUCGUGGGACUGGGAUCUGUCGUUGAGACUCAAAAGCGGGCAUCCUUUUUUUCAACUAGCUAUGGCGGAGACGGCCUUUGUCCCACCGCUACAGCCCACCACUGCGAGCUCUUCAUCGAGCAGACUCCUGGGGCACAGGGCGAAGACGCCUUGGCGGCCUGAGACACAGGAGCCUUUCACUUACUCGAGACGUUGGGCUCCCUUUGUUGCACCAGGUGCCUGCGUCUCAGCAGCUUUAUCUCGCCGACACCAGCGACGGGCGACGGCGCAGGUAGCGACGAGUAGCUCCCCCACAAGCCCCACACGCUGGAGAAAGCUGCCAUGUUGGGGCAUAGCGAUACUGGGGUUUGCUUUGGUUUUGGUUCAUCGCGUGGUCUUGAAGGAGUUCAGGCUUCAACUGCCACCUCCACGCUUUACAGUCUUCUUGCAUGCAGCGUUCUUUCUCAUUCUGAGUCAAUUGCUGCCACCAAGCAAGUAUCCUGAAGAGCAGAAUGUGAAGCUCGUGCUUCUGGUGGGUGUCGUUGAAUUCUUUGGCUGGGCUGCUCUUCAACAAGUUGCAGUGGCUGGCGGUCUUGGUGUAUCAGCCGCUCUUCUCUCUGGUGUCUCCUUGCUGGUGACGCUGGCGAGUGCACAGCUGUUGCUCCAAAGCCGGGUCAAAACCUCUGCCUGGAUUGGUGCUGUGAUUAUGGCAGCUGGAGUUGGAGCAGCUGGGCCUGUCCAUGCUCUGUCUUCUGUGUCUUCGCACCCUGCUGAAAUGGGACUACUCUGUGCUGCUCUCGCUACCACGAGUUUGGCGCUUACUGGCAAAGAGGUUCUAUUUUCUGGCCGAGCACCACUUUCGGUGGCUUCUGUGGCUUCUCUGGCAUCCUUUGCACAACUUUUUGCGCUGGCCCUACCAGAGAUCAUGCGACUGCAUAGCUUUCCUGGCACCUUGCAGCUGGCACAGAUCAUCAUGGGUCCAGCCCCAAGGAUAGCUAGUUUGCCUGCUGCAGCAUAUGUUUAUAUCCUUGGAAGCGCACUUCUACGCUACAUCUUCACAUGGUCCCUCCGCACCGCCAACGCUCCGACGGUGCAGCUGGUGAAUGCAGUCGCGGUCCCUUUUGGAUCAGCCUUGCUGAUGCUCCUCUCGAAAACGCCACUCAGCGCUCAAAGUCUAGCAGCGCUCGGCCUUUGCACCGUGGGAAGUGUGGUCUUCUUCAUGGAAGAGGGGCCAUUGGUGAAGGCUUCAGAGCUCUUUAAGAGCAGCAUGACUGAACAACAAUUGAAACUGGAAGAGGCUUGGAAACGAGAACAAAGAGAAAAAGCUCAAAAGAUGGCAGAAGAACGUGAGCGCAAAAAGAAGGCUGACAAGGAGAAACAGGCAGAAAGGGAAAAGACCAAGGAGUUGGAGAAGCAGAAGCGCUUGGCACAGGCGGAGGCUUUGCGAAAGGAGAAGGAAGAGAAGCAGAAAAAACAGGAGGAAGAGCAAAAGCGCAAAGAGGAGGAGCGCCAAAAAGUUGCGGCCGAAAAGAAGAGAUUGCAGGAGGAACAGAAACUAAAGAAGGAAGAAGAAAAAAGAAAGAAGGAUGAAGAAAGUAAAAAGGCAGACGAGGAGCGUCGCAAGAAGCAAGAGGAGUACCAGAGGAUGAAGCAAGAGGAGGAGAAAAAGGCAAUUGCGGAGAAGCAAAAGCAGGAAGCAGAGAAAAAGAAACAAGAGGAGGAGAAACGGCGCCAAGUAGAGGCCGAGAAGAAGGCUAAGGAAGAGGAACGAAAAGAGCAGGAGAGAAUAGAACAGCAGAAGAAGGUGGAAGCAGCAAAGAAAAAGGAAGAGGAGGAAAAGAAAGCAAUUGCAGAGAAGCAGAAGAUGGAAGCAGAGAAAAAGCAGCAAGAGGAGGAGAAACGACGCCAAGUAGAGGCCGAGAAGAAGGCUAAGGAAGAAGAACGAAAAGAACAAGAGCGAAUUGCACAGCAAAAGAAGGCGGAAGCAGCAAAGAAAAAGGAAGAGGAACAGCAGCGACAGGCAGAAGAAGCUAGAAAGGCACAGGAAAUGAAGAAGGCAGAAGAAGAGCGGAAGCAGAAAGAAAAGGAGGAACGCAUGAAGAAACAGGAAGAGGAAGCUGCUCGCAAGAAGGAAUCAGAGCGCCAACGAAAGCUAGAAGAAGAACAAAAGAAACAAAAGAUUGAAGCAGAAAGAAAGCAGAAACAACAACAGGAAGCGUUGCAGAGGAAGCAGGAGGAGGAACGUAAGCUAAAGGAGGAGGAGUCAAAACGCAAGGCGGAGGAAGCCAGGAAGCAGAAAGAAGAAGCAGAGCGCAAGCGCAAGGCGGAGGAGGAGAGCAGAAAGAAGCAAGAAGAAGCGGAGCGUAAGCGCCAGGCGGAGGAAGAGAGAAAAAAACAAGAAGAAGAGCAAAAGCGAAAGGCAGAGGAAGAGAGGAAAAGACAGGAGGAACAAAAACGCAAAGAGGAAGAGGCUGCCAAGUUGAAAGAGGAAGAGAAACGAAAAGAGGAAGAAGCUGCCAAACGACAAAAGGAGCAGCAAGAGCAGGAGGUCAUGGCUGAAGCCUCAGAGGCCAGCGAAAAGGAUAAGAGAGACCAAGACAAGCGAUAUGAGCGCUUGAGCUUUAAGUGGAAGGUACAAGAUGAGAUGCGCUUGGGCCAAGAGGCAGCCAAGAUAAAAAGACAACUCCAAGAAAGGGAACAAGAACUUGCCAGACUGCGCCAAAGCAAAGAAGAUGAAAACAGGAAGUGGGCGGAGUUGCAAGCAGAGGCAAAAAAGAUUGAGGAUGAAAAAUCCAAGGCCUUCCAGAAGAAGAGAUGAGCAGGUGCAGCCAGCUCAAUCUCAUUCCAGUUGUGCGAUGUAGAAAUGCGAUAUGCCAGCUAAAAGUAGCUAAGUCUAAGUUGUCUUUCGCAAUAAGAG